GGAACGAGCAGCUGGAGCAAGCGAGCGAGCGAGCGAGCGAGGGCACGACACAGCAGGCUUGGUCUGUGACGUUGGUACUGACUGUGUGAUUGAAAGAAGACACCAUUUUGUACACGUUGUAGGUGUGCGUAUGUCUGCGUUGGCAAGUCGGUCCGGAGUGAGCGAGGCCGAAGCAGCCGAGCUGGCGCGUGACCCGAGCCUGUGGCAGGAGCUGACAACCGAGGACGGGCAUGUGUACUACUACCAUGCGGUGUUGGACGUAACCGACGAGGACAAACCGCGGUGUCUCCGCGGCGGCGACGAAGAUGGUUAUGACGGCGCAGAGUGGGUCUGGGUCCCCGACGAGGUCGAUGGCUACAAGGCCGGCAGAGUCCGUGGCUCGGACCCGGCGACAGGCCUGCCGCUCGAGGUCGACAUUCUCGAUGGUGAGCUUGUGGUUGUCCGCAAGAAGGACCGUGCUCGGUGCUUGCCACUCUCGCCGGGCUCGCUCCGCAAGAACCGUGACGACCUUGUGCAGAUGGGCGAGAUCGACGAGGGCAUCAUUCUCCACAACCUCAAGAAGCGGUUCAUGGAGGAUACCAUUUACACCAACAUCGGGCCGAUUCUCAUCAUCGUCAACCCGUACCGGUGGAUGAAGCUCUACACCGAAGAGAUCAUGGAGAAGGUUCGCAACCGCGGCAUCCAGAUGCUCAAGCCGCACAUCUUCAACAUUGCCGACGACGCUUUCCGGCAGUUGUCGGAGAAGAUGGCGUCGGGCGAGAAUCCGAAUCAGUCGAUCCUCAUUUCAGGCGAGUCGGGUGCCGGCAAGACCGAGGCGACCAAGCAGGCGCUCAAGUACCUUGCGCACUGCGCCGGGUCGGGCGAGACUUCGGGUGUGGAGCAGAAGCUGCUUGCGGCGAACCCGCUGCUGGAGGCGUUUGGCAACGCGGCGACGCUGCGGAACCACAACUCGUCGCGGUUUGGCAAGUGGAUGGAGGUGUUUUUUGACUCGCGGCGGCGGAUUGUGGGCGCCAAGAUCAACAACUACCUGCUGGAAAAGUCGCGUGUCUCGCACCAGAUCGGCGGCGAGCGCAACUUCCACAUUUUCUACCAGCUCUGCCAGGCGCGCGAGAUUGCGGAGAUGUACUCGCUGGGGCGGGCAGAGGAGUAUGCGUUUGUGCGCGGGCGGACGGUCAUCGACGACGCGCACUUUUCAGAUGCCAAGGACUUUGCCGAGGUGCUGGAGGCGAUGGACAUGUUCAACAUCAAGGAGGGCGCGGACCGGCAGUCGAUUUUCCGGUUGGUGGCGGGUAUUCUCCACUUUGGCAACCUUGAGUUUGCUCGCGAUGACUCGGGCGAGGGCUCGCGCAUCCGCAACCCCGAAACGCUCGCGGUCGCAGCCAGCAUGUUCUGUGUGCCAGAGGCUGCGCUCGAGCGUGCGGUCUUGUUCCGGACGCUGACGUUCAAGCGGCAGGAUGACGUCAUUGUGCCGCUUACGCCAGAGCAGGCAGCCGACAACCGCAACGCACUGGCACGAACGCUGUACAACUCGAUGUUCAACUGGCUGGUGGUGCGGGUCAACCAGGUGCUUGCGCCCAAGGGCGGAGUCGGCGGCCUCAACCUCAUCGGGAUCCUGGACAUUUUCGGGUUUGAGAUUUUCCAGAACAACUCGUUCGAGCAGCUCUGCAUCAACUACGCUAACGAGAAGCUGCAGCAGCACUUUAACCAGCACACGUUCAAGAUGGAGCAGCAGCUGUACAUGGACGAGGGCAUCAACUUUGAGGAAGUCAAGUUUGUGGACAACCAGCCGUGCCUGGACCUGCUCGAGCGUAAGCCGCACGGCAUCCUCAUCAUGCUUGACGAGGAGCUGCUCGCGCCGUCGGGUUCUGACGAUCGGUUCCUAGACAAGCUCAACUCACGGCACUCGAAGAAGACGGAGCGGUUCUCGAUGGCGUUCCGGACGCCCAACACGUUCAACGUGGAGCACUACGCUGGACAGGUGACGUACGACGUGCGCGGGUUUCUGGAGAAGAACAAGGACACGAUCGAGAAGGAUCUGCUGACGCUUGUGCACGCGUCGACAGACCAGUUCAUCCAGCACUUGUUUGAGUCUGUGGGCGCCGAUUCCAAGUCGCGAAAGCAGAGUACAGCGUUCCAGUUCCGGACGCAGCUCGGGUCGCUGAUGAAGGAGCUCCAGGCGACGACGCCGCAUUAUGUGCGGUGCAUCAAGCCGAACUCGGUGUUCAAGCCGCGGAUCUGGAGCGGGCGCGACUCGCUGCUCCAGCUGCGGUACUCGGGAGUGUUUGAGGCUGUCCGCAUCCGGCAGACCGGGUUCCCGUUCCGGUACAGCCACGCCGAGUUUAUCCGGCGGUACGGGGUGUUCAACUCGUGGGCGCGCAAGUCGAGCGAGGCUGCGACGUGCAAGGACAUUCUGGAGAGCGUGCGCGGCGACUUUUCCGAGGUGCAGAUCGGACGGACGCGCGUGCUGUACCGGGCCAAGAUGCACCGUGCGCUCGAGGUGCGACUGUCGAUCAUUCUGCAUCGGAUGGCGACCAAGGCGCAGGCCGCGUUCCGUGGAUUCCGGGCACGCAAGCUGUUUGCGCAGAUGAAGAAGGUGGACGCGGCGAUGCGUGCGGCGAUGGCAACGCUGGACGUGGACACGCUCCGUGCAGCGAUUUCCGAAGCACGUGCGAUGUGGUUCCAACUCGGGGUGACAGACGAGGCGGAGCGGCUGUGCGCGCGGCUUGAGGAGGAGCGCGGGCUGAACGCGGCGAUGGAGCGGCUGCGGACUGCUGGUGACCCAGAGGGCAACUACGAGGAGAUUUUCCGGGUCAUCUCGCGGGCCGAGGAGCUUGGGGUGGUCAACCCGGACAUUGCGGUUCUGCGCGAGUCGAUCCGGUCGAUCCACGAGCGCAAGCAGGCAAUUGUUCAACUUCGGCGCGGGAUCAGCGAGUACUCGCGGGCCGACCUUGAGGCUGGGCUGGCGGCUGUGGCGCGGCUGGGGCUGAGUGCCCAGGAGCUUGUGGCGGCUGGACAUGCAGCGCUGGAGCAGCUGAGGGCGGAAGAGGGUUUUGUGACGCUGGCGCAAGCGGCGCUCUCUGCCGGCCAAGCGAAUGUAGGUGGAGUGCGGGAUGCGCUGGAGGCUGGGCGGCGGAUGGUGCUACGUACGAAGGGUGGCAAAGCGCUGAUGGCAAAGCUGGAGGCUGUGCUUGCGGUGCGCGAAGCGCUUGUAGCGCGCGAAUGGGAAGCGCUCCGGCGGGCUGUCGAGGCUGCACUGACGAUGGGUCUUGGCGAGCUGGGGGACGUGGUUGCGGCACGCGAGGGGCUUGCGCUGCGUGAGCGAAUGUCGGGCGUGGCGCGAGAGUUGAGCGCGGCGCAGGCGUCCAAAGUGCUGCUGACGCUGGAGGUGGCGCUAGCUCGUGCGCGUGAGCUGGAGAUGGGCAGCUCGCUGUACUCGUCGUGGCGCGACGAGGUGGCGGAUGCGGAGGCACAGGCAGCAGAGCAUGCGUCGCUGGUCGGCGCGCUUGAGUCUUACACGGCGAGCAGCUCAUCUUCUGUGGUAGGCCCACUGGAAGCAACGCUUCGUGCUGGCAAGGCGUUUGGAUUUGUUGCGACGAGUGACGUAGAGCUGAUGCAGCGCGGCGAGCUUCUGCUGCAGCUGCGGCGGCAUCGCAGUGCACGCGAGUUUGAGGCGCUAGGCACCCUCAUGGAGACGAUCGAAGCGGCCGCAAACAGGGUGCAGCUCUGGAAUGUCCACGACGAGGUGGCCGACGUUGUGGCUGGGCUUGAGCUUCGCGCGUCGAUGGCGGCGCACGCCGACACGAUUGCGGAGGCUGUUGCUGGACGCGAUGCCGACGCGCUGCAUGCUGCGCUUGUGGCCGCGGACGAUGGCGAGCCGCUGCUGAUGUCGACGUCUUUCUGGUCGUCCUGGGUCGACGAGGUUGCAAGCGCGGCGAGCUUGCCUGCGGGCGACAUGGCCAAGUUUGAGAGCUCUGUCUCGGACGUAGCGCUGGGCAUGGAGGCUGCCGUGAAGUCCGGACGCAAGCUUGGGCUAGUGCGCGAGGUCGACGUGGCGCUCCUCGAGUUUGUGGAGGAGCUGCUUGCACUGCGUCGUGGAUUGUUUGACCGCAAGUGGGCGAGCAUGCAGGCGAGCGUGCGGCGGGCAAGCGAGCUCGGGUUCGGCGAGCAUAGUGAUGUGAGCUACGUGCGCGACGGGCUGCGGCUGCGGGCCAAGAUGAGCGGCGUGGCACAGCGACUGGAGGCUGCGACGCGGGUGGCCGAUGCCGACGUGCUGGUGGACGAGCUCAACAUGGCGGCGUCACUCAAGAUGAGCUCGUCGUACUGGUCCAGCUGGCAGGAUGUGGUGAGCCGCGGGCAGGAAAAGCUCGCUGCGCACCGCGCAGUGGUGGCAGAGCUCGAUGAGGCGCUUAACGUGUGGCACGACGGCGACGUGGCGGCAGCGACGUCGGCGGUGGCGGCGGGCGAGGCGUUCGGGUUUGGGAUGCCGGACGAUGUGGCACGGCUGGCGCUGGCACGCGAUGUGCUCAAGGUCCGCCAUGCUGUAGCAAGCGGGUCGUGGCAGGAGCUUGAGGGCUUGAGCGGACCGCAUGCGGAGCUGGAGCGCGCGCAGCAGAUAGUGGCGGAUCGUCGUGCGAUGGCUGCGCUCGUGCCUACGCUCGAGCAGGCAGCGGCCGGCCGCAAUGCGGCCGACCUUGCGGCAGCAAUCCAUGCCGGGCGCAAGCUGAAGAUGGACACUGCAGAGUAUUCCUCGUGGCAUGCAGAGAUGGCGGCGGCCAAGACUGCGCUAACAACGCACCGUGCUAUUCUUGCCAGGCUUCGGAGCGCGAGUGCGGCGCGUGCGUCACUGCGGUCAGAGGGGCUAGCGGUUGCAGUGGCCGCUGCAGAGGCGCUCGGGUUGCGAAAGGCGAGCGAAGUGGCAGAGCUGGAGCGCGCACAGGUAGCGCUGCGGCUCCGUGUGGCCGAGUCGAGUGAGUCGUGGGACGAGCUCGCGAGUGCGUUGGACUCUGCGCUUGUGGUGCAGCUGGAGAACGAGGAGACGAAGCGUGCGCGUGCCGGGCUUGCGCGGCUGCGGCGGAUCGACAAGCUUGCAGAGAAGAUGGAAGCGGCGAUGAUGAUGCGGCACACUGGAGUUCUUGCGCUCUGCCUGACUGUUGCGGCGGAGGAAGACAUGGAGUGGAGCAGCUGGUCGCGGUGGCGGGGGCUUGUGGGUGAGGCGCGGGCUGUGCAGGCGCGGUCGGCGGAGCUGCGUGAGCAGCUGCGAGAGACGCUGGAGGUACCGAGCGGGACGAGCGGGCGGUCUGCGGCGUUUCUGGGCGCGCAUGCUCGUGUACUCGACGAGGCGGCCGACUUUGGGUUUGAGCUCAAGGAGGACGUGGACCUGUUUGCCAGCUCGAAGAUUGUGUACCUCGUGCGCGAAGCGUGGGCGAAGCAGGCGUGGGCAGAGCUUGAGCAGCACCUCAAGACGGCAGCGGCGUGUGGAGUGCAGUCGAGCGAGCUUGUUGUGGCGGUGGAGGCGCUGCACGAGUGGGCGCAGAUGUCCGGGCUGGCGUCGCUGGUAGAGGCCGCGGUUGCAGACCGGGCCAACUACGCGCGCGGGACACUGCGGAGCGUGCUGGAGCAGGCACGAGGAGCCGGGCUGGAGGAGAGCACCGAGUUUGGUGAGGUGUACGCAGCGGCGGCAAGAGUGCAGGCCGAGGUGGAGGCUGUGGACGAGCUUGUGGCGAGCGGGGCGGAGGAAGGGUCUGUGGAGAAGCUCAGUUCUGCACUUGCGCGUGCAGAGGCUAUCGGGUACGACGGCGGCGGACGGGUGGCGGCGGCACGCAAGCUCCGCGACGCACUUGCCGAGGCGUUUAACGAGGCCGAGCUCGGGUGCGCUGAGGGCGACGCCAAGAUCCUGCAGGUUGCGGUGCGCAAGCUGAAGGCGCUGGGCGGUGAGGCCCGGCGGGUCUCUGACUACGAAGCCGAGCUCGCGAUGUACCAGUACGAAGCCGGCGAGCUUGCGCUGGAUGGGUACGGCGGGCUGCGAACACCGGAGGCGUUUGCGUCGACCAAGUGGUUCGGCAAGGCGGCUGCGGCUGCAGGGAUGAUGGAGUUUUCGGACAAGAGCCUUCCCAACUCGCUCGUGCAGCUCGGCGAGGCUGGCGAGGUGAAGACGGCUGUGGCGGCGUUUGAUAAGCUGCUUGUGGUGUUUGGGCUCCGGCGCGGGUCGCGGAGCGCGGCGCUGGAAGCGCUGAUGGCGUUGGGGCGGAGCGGGAGUGGGACGCUACUUGCGACAGAGCUUUGGCUGCAGGUCAUCAAGCAGAUGAGCGGACGAAGCGUGAGCGCGGCGGAGCGUGUGACCGGGUACGAGGUUCUGAGUGCUUACGCGGGCGCGUUUGCACCGUCGGAUGACUUUGCGCCGUUCCUCGACUGGUGGCUGAUGACUGCCGGGCGCGGCGGCGGCGGCGAGGCUGGGGCGCAGGUUUGCGCGUCUGUGCGCCGGGCGUUGCGUGCGCUCCGCGGCGGCGUUGGAGCGUCACGGUAA